AUGCCCCAGCCGCCGCAGCCACAGAGGACGCGCGUCAAUAACGAAGGUCCACCAGGUAACCACGCAAGUGAUCAGCAACUCCACGGUUGGAUUAAGGACAUGGAACGUGUGAAAAACAUGCUGCGCACGAAAUUAACCGGAUGGGUACAGGACUUGCAAUUCGCCAGCAAACAGGUGGAGCACUACGAGGUGGUAGAAGACAAGGACGGGCCAGGGCACUUGAUACUCAAGUAUAGGCCAGGGCGGCCGCUGUUGAGUGAACGCCUGCUGCGCUAUCAGCCGUGGAGCCCCUCCUUUGACGACGACUUCAGUGCGCUGUGCGAGGAGCGGCAGCCAGAGGCGUCGCAAAUGUUCAGCCUCGCUGACGAUCUGUACACCUUCCAUCGUGUCUACUGGUACACUACACCUGAGUACAUCGAUGCAUUCUACGAAGAUGACGUCAAGAUUGUAGAGGAGGAGUGGCAGCUGGAGGACAGAAGCCACGCUACGCUCUCCGUGAACACUGACUGCGUGCAGCUGUUGGUGAACGCCCUGGACCACCCCACGUGUCCGCUGGAAGACCUGCCACUGGAAGCCGUUAAGCAGCGCGAGCAGUGCCGCGAGCAGCUGUGGGACGACGUGGUGCAGAGGUCGCCCCACAUACCCGUCACCAGCUACCUGGCCUACACGCAGAGGAUAAACGUCAACCUCUGUCUGCUCGCCUGGAUGGCGGUCAACUCGUACGGCAUUUGUCAGGACGUCCCGUUUAGUAUGAUACAGUCCGUGCACGAUGCUCGCUGCUAUUUCGAUAGUCCCAACGAUCAAUCAUGUCUGCAAUCGAACGCUACAGACGCCAUCUGCUCUGUUUCCAGAGCUAUUCUGUUGCUAAAGUGUCGCGACUUUUCCUCCAUUAGGACUUCCCUGAAUUGUACGCUCAUUAAUUUCGCAAAUAAAAUAUUCCGUAAUAGUAGCAGUGUACUGUAUCAAAAGCUAACACAAGAAACACUGAACUACAAAAACAGUUUAAACAACGCCACCUUGAAAUACAAGGAUUUCAAAAUCGACAACUUGAAGCCUUUAGAAAUCUCAUUUAUACUGAUAAAUAUCAUUUUCCGUUUUUCGACUGCCGGAGUAUACAUGUACCUUCCCCAGUUACGUAACUUGCCUGGAAAGAUUUUGUUGUCCUUUCAGAUCACGUGCAUAACCCAGAUCCUGUGUUCUGAGGUCGUGUAUCGUAUGGCAGCCGUCCCUGACUUACCUACAGCAGUGCUGAUAGACAGCGCCCUCACACUUCUCAGCUGUAUCUGCCUGAACUCAUUCUGCUACCAGAUGUAUUCUUGUGUUCGCCAUCUCAGGCUUCCUAACCAGCUACUACCUGCUGAAGUAAGCCAGUUAUUCUGUCGUGAGGUGCUGUAUGUGCUUAUACCGUGGAGUAUGGUAUGUGUGGCAGCUGUUGCUUUGGAAAAGACGAGUAAAUAUUACCUGAUCCACAGUCGCAUAGUAGUCCUUGCAGGGAUUUCAGUGUCUGUGGCAUUCAAUUUCAUUUGUCUCGGACUGCUUGGAUACAUGUACCUACGUACUCGGUGCUCCAUGCGGCAACUCAAAAUUGUUCAUAACAAGAAAUUUGCCUCAAAGAAGCAAUGUCUUUUUAUGUCAGUUAAGGCCAUUAUAUUAAGUGGAAUAGGAAUUAUUAUUAGAAUUGGGUUCCACCAGGCUCAGGGAAUAGCGCAGUUAGUGUACUAUAUGCAUCUAGUUACGAUGGUGCAAGGACCAGUGCUCUUCGUCUGUUUCGUUUGCAAUGGAACGACGCUCCCCAUACUGAAGAACAGGAUACUUCUUUGGUGGAACCCAACCAACAUCCCUGCAGAUCUAGAGCUGUGUUCGGCAGCCGAGAGGAAUCUGGUCAGGAGAAACAAUGAACAGUCUCCCUUUUCAGAAUCCUCGCUGUAGCCUCCUUCAGUAUUUUUCGCAAAUAACUGUCUCCACACUACACUGCAUUAAGCCCAGCAAUAAAAAUGGACUCUACCUGGUAUGACAAUAUUAAAUGUCAUUAAAUCUGAUAUCGUACA